AUGAUUCAUCGCUUGCAAUGCAACACCUCGUCUACUGAAACAGACCGUCACUCGCCUACGCGUGUAUACUCCGCCUGGCAAGGAGAGAAUCCACAGACUAUCAUCUACACAUGUCGCAUCAUUAUUCAUACCUGCGACAGUCAAUUCAAUAUUAUUAUGCUACGUUAUGCUAUGCUAUCUGUCUACAAUUCGCCCCAUACGUGCUUAGUACCCAAUAUAGUUUUUUCAAGUUUUUCGACUAACUGGUGGAGUAAUUACCUAACGGAUACGGAGUAUACGGGGGGGCAUAAUCUGCUGAGACGAAGUGGUAAUACUACUACUAUUACAGAGUACUCCGUUCUGAUCGACUACUACAUCAUAUGCAUGUUGAAAAAAAAUAUUUCGCCACUAAAUACGGAGUACGAAGUAUAUAGUACUGGAAGACCUUACAAGACGCCCGAAGUGAUAAAUUCUACAAAGAGUACUCCUAGAGUACAUCGUAUCAAAGAAGAAUCCUCUAGAAAAGAUUCACCAUCUAUCUAUCCCACACAUUAUUCUAAUUAUUAUGGACUGAUUGUACUCCGUACAAUACGUAUGUACGAAACCAGUGCUGCUGUUAUUAUUGAAGUUGAACCUGGUCAGUGCAUGCAUUAUGUUAUGUCCAACGGUCGCGAAUAA